UCCGUCAUCAUGGCCGACAAGAAGGGUGAGGUUAACCAGGGCGACAAGUCCGUCUUGGGCAUGCCCGGUUUCGUCGUUGACUUCCUGAGUACGUUCCAUUGAAAUUCCACCAACAAUCGAUCGAUAUAAUUCAACCAAUCGAUUUAAUUUUGGAGAAUCGUCGAUCGAAACAUACUGAAUUGAUACUAACUGUUGCCUAGUGGGUGGUGUCUCCGCUGCCGUCUCGAAGACUGCUGCUGCCCCCAUUGAGCGUAUCAAGCUCCUCAUCCAGAACCAGGAUGAGAUGCUUAAGGCUGGCCGUCUUGACCGCAAGUACGCCGGUAUCGGUGACUGCUUCAAGCGUACCGCCGCCUCCGAGGGUGUCGUCUCCCUCUGGAGAGGUAACACCGCCAACGUCGUCCGUUACUUCCCCACCCAGGCUCUGAACUUCGCUUUCCGCGACACCUUCAAGUCGAUGUUCGCCUACAAGCGUGAGCGUGACGGUUACGGCAAGUGGAUGAUGGGUAACCUUGCCUCCGGUGGUGCUGCUGGUGCCACUUCGCUCCUCUUCGUCUACUCUCUCGACUACGCCCGUACCCGUCUUGCCAACGACGCCAAGUCCGCCAAGGGCGGUGGUGACCGUCAGUUCAACGGUCUCGUUGACGUCUACAAGAAGACACUCGCCUCUGACGGUAUUGCCGGUCUCUACCGUGGUUUCGGUCCCUCUGUUCUUGGAAUCAUCGUCUACCGUGGUCUCUACUUCGGCAUGUACGACUCCAUCAAGCCUGUUGUUCUCGUCGGUCCUCUUGAGGGUAACUUCCUUGCUUCGUUCUUGCUCGGCUGGUCUGUCACUACCGGUGCCGGUGUUGCCUCGUACCCUCUUGACACCAUCCGUCGUCGUAUGAUGAUGACCUCUGGUGAGGCCGUCAAGUACUCCUCUUCCAUGGAUGCCGCCCGCCAGAUUAUCGCCAAGGAGGGUACCAAGUCUCUCUUCAAGGGUGCUGGUGCUAACAUCCUCCGUGGUGUCGCUGGUGCUGGUGUCCUGUCCAUCUACGACCAAGCCCAGCUCCUCCUCUUCGGAAAGAAGUACAAAUAGACGAUUGAUUAAGUUCUAAUCGUUGCUGGGGAAGGGUGUGUAAAAAUGGCGUCUGGCGUAACUGCUAGGUGCUGAAUGUUGUGUGGAGGUCUUGAUAGAAAUAUCGAUCAAGGGCGCUUUCGGGGUCUUGAUCAUAGAGCCAUGUGACAUUUUCUCUUGUACCCGUUGUACUUUACUACUGUCUGCAAGC